GGAACUUUCGAGAUACCCCGGAACGACGGUUUCCGGUCGACUUUUAUACACUUCGAUCACGUGAUAUUGCGGAAUUGUAGGGCAAAUUGUUUACAUCGCAACAACAUCUAUAUAGCAGACGAAACGAUGCCUAGUCCAAAAAAGAGGAAGAGCGCGGACAAUCCCAGUCAUUACUGGUGUUCUGUGCCAGGUUGUGCUUCGGAUGGGAGAAAGAAGGCCAAUUUAGACAUAUAUCCGUGGAUGCAAGGUAUACAGUUUCAUCCGUAUCCAGGACCAAAGCGUCAACCUAAACUACGACGGCAAUGGCUUCAACAAGUUUUUCGAGACGAAAACUAUUCUCCUAAACGAUACCACUCGGUCUGUUCUCUACAUUUUGUAGAUGGUUGUCCCACUGAAAACAACCCUGUACCAACAUUGUUUCCUCGAAACAAUUUUAAAAAUCCGAAAAAUGUCAGAAAAUCAACUUCUAUUGCAAAACGUCAAAGUGCAGAGAGUUCUACAUCCACAGAUUCUGUGUCAGUCAGUCAGAAUUCUCAUUCAACAGAACGAAUUGCGAUGAAGGAUAUCACAAUUUUGUAUGAGGGGAAUGGAGCUAUACAUAUACCUCUCCCUGUAGCACACGAGUGUGUUGUAGAUACUGAUCAGUCUUCCAAGUCCAUUGAAAACUGUUUAGAGGUACCUUGCCCUGAGACUAUGGACCUCAUAAACGCUCAUGGAAAUAACAACUCUGACCAUAUUUACUGCAAACGGUCUAUCGAGUCUAGAUGCAGUGAAGAUUUUGUGGAGUCUGCUGUGCAGACAGAUCUUACCAUGGACGACAUACACCAUAUGGAGACAAUGACCAAAGAGACAGACCAUAUUCCAGGGGUGUGCAAUUACCAUCGCCCGACGCCCGGGGCUACCGAUUUUAGAGGUCGGGCUAGCAAAAACAUUAACUGUGGUAGCCCGUCGGGCUAGUAAAUCAUAACCAGAGUUGGCAAAAUAUGCCAGUAAAUUUGCAGUGUCCUGGUAGGAAAAGUGUAUCGUCAUUGUUACACAGAGGCAUAAUAUCUGCUCCUUUUAAGUCAUGAUAGCCUAAAAAUUUCUUAAGCAUUUUUUUCUCGUGCUACAUUCUUCUGAGAAAAAACACUCUGCUGUAAGUCACACACUUUGAAGUUUUACCACAGUGUUGACCUGACCAGUGGCUAGACGAGAUAGUCACGCCUCACUGCACAUAGCUUCCGUAGUUACCUGUGCAGCUGUUUCAAGUGACAUCACUGUAAAAUGAUUUCUUUUUCUGUAAUAUGUAUUCAUUGGCUUUUUUAAAUAUAAUUUUUUUUACAGAGAGAGAGAGAGAGAGAGAGAUGCAUUACAGAGAUAUUAUAAAUUUCUGCACUAACUAUUCUCAUAAACACAUUUUAAAGUGACCUGCUUGGUGAAUUAAAAAAAUUUUCAUAUUUUGCAUAUUAUUAUUUGUGCAUUUUCCAUUAUUUUUGAUUAAAAUUUACCAUUACGUAAUUAAUUGCAUAGUUGUAUUUUGUAAAUGGAAAUUAAACAGGAUAAAAUGCAUGCACACAUAGAUAGUUGCAGUGAUUUUAUAGAGUCUGUUCACAUUCACAAUGUUAUGUUUGGUUUUUAUUAUAUAAACGGUACCCAAACCAAUUAAGUUGAAUAUUUUUGAACUAGUCUACCACAGAAACAUGCAAGUAAUAAAUAUUUCGUAUAUUAAUAAUUAUA